UUUUUGCCUGCCAUCAAAAUCCAUAUCAUCAAAAAUGCCGUCAUCUCAAAUUACCAGAAAGGCAUGCGAUGUCUGCUAUCGCAAGCGAAUCCGCUGCGACGGACAAAAGCCCCGGUGCUCUCAUUGCGUUCUCUACAAAUCUGACUGCACGUUUCAAGCUACAAGCCGUAAAGCUGCAACAAGAAAACGGUCCAAUGGUACCGCGGCGGCUUUGCAGUCUCAGGUUCAUUCACUCGAGUCGAGCCUUGAUGAAGCACAGCAGAGGAUAAAGGAGCUUGAGGAGCGGUUGUCGCAGAAGAGCAGUUGGCAGGUUAAUCGGGCACAGGUCAAAGAUUAUGACGUCAGCUAUUCUGGAAAGGGUUCUCUUGAACUAGGCCAUGAGUUACCGCCUCAACACGAAGUCUUAUCGGGAGUCAACAAGUUCCUUACAACCUUCAACACCAUUCUGCCCCUCUUUGAUCCACAGCGACUUCUAUCUCGGGUCAAUACAUGGUACGAGCGACCUCACCAACGAGAUACCUCGACUUGGGCUGCCAUCAACGUCGUUCUUUCUCUGGCCUACCGUCAUAUCCCAGACGAGGAGAAGCCGCCCAAGUACAGUACUCUGUAUUUCAUGAACAUGGCUCAAUCAGUGCUCAACGACAUCAUGUUGGGUGAUUCAAAUCUCCUGGACGUCCAAACCAUUGUCGGAAUGGUUGUGUUGUUACAAGCGACAUCAGACUUGAAACCGGCUUCGGCUCUGAUACCCAUUGCUUUGCGUCUUGCUCAUGGACUGAGACUGCAUACAAGAUCUAAUUCGGAGCAUCUAAGUGCGUCCGAAACCUUGGAGCGAGAUCGAGUCUUCUGGAUUGCUUACAUCCUCGAUCGAGACAUAUCGAUGCGCACAAAACUCCCUCCUAUUCAGAGUCAAAAUGACAUCAGUAUUGAUUGGCCAUCAGCUACACCUGCUGACGGGGCCGGUAUGCUAUACACAGCUGAUAAUUCGUCUAGCUUCAACUUCUUUCUGUCACGUGUGCAGCUUGCGCAUAUCCAAGGCGAAGUUUAUGAAGCAAUGCUGUCCAUGUCCCCCACUGCAUCAGAUGUCUACGUUCGUCUCGACAACGUGACUCGAAUACACCAGAUGCUAGAUAAUUGGCUUGCCCGUAUACCUUUUGAGUUUUCUCCCUGUGCCAUCACUCAAAGCGGGAACGCAAACCUACAGAGGGCUUUUGGUGUUUUGUACUCAAGCCAUCUCACUUGUCGAAGUGUCGUCUGCAAGGCUCAUGCAAUGGAAGCACAAUGGAUACCAAGCCUUCAAGACUUCGGAAGAAAGGCAGCCGAGCAAGGGGUAGUCACUGCUCCACGAUUGCCAGUGGGUUGGCAUAAACUUGUUCAUGAGUCUCGCGGGUACAUCGAACUCUUUAUAGCAAUUGAUCACAAAGAUCCUGCAUUUAUCUGGAUGACUGCGUGUACUUAUAUCUCUGCGGCGGUAUGCCUAACGGCCAACAGCCUAUUCAACCCUUGGCACACAAAGGCUGAGACGGAUGAUCUGUUGAUUAACCCCGCAUUCAGCUUUCUGGAUGAUAUGAUUCUGCAAGCGCCGCUUCCGCAGCUGCAGCGUUUACGUCAUUCGUGGGAUGAGCUUCUGGGGAAUUCCCGCGAAAUGUCAUUUCGGAAUGCUGUACAGAACGUGGAUUGGCUCGACGCCACAUGUAGCUGA